CUCCAACUUUUUAAAACGCCGCCCCAGGCACAACCCGAGUUAUUAUACUCCCCCGCGCGUAACGACCACAAGCAGCUACUCAGCUAGCGCCGCGGACUUCGUUUAACCCCGCUCUGCGCUGCCACCGCGGUAGCUAAGCUUGUGCAGAGCUCACAGUACACACACAGAUCAAGAAGAAGCAGCAAAAAUGGCCACGGCGACCUUCCGGCUCUCCCUGACCACGCCGUCGCCGGGCAGCCGCCAGCGGCAUCGGCACGCGCGCGCGUCCGCGUCCGCGACGGACCGGCACGAGGUGGUGUCCCCGAAGCGCCGCCUCCCGCUCCGCAAGGUGCCCGGCGACCACGGCCCGCCGCUGGUGGGCGCGCUCAAGGACCGUCUCGAGUACUUCUACGGCCCGGGGGGGCGCGACGGGUUCUUCGCGUCCCGCGUGCGCGCGCACCGCUCCACCGUGGUCCGCCUCAACAUGCCGCCAGGCCCCUUCGUGGCCAAGGACCCGCGCGUGGUGGCGCUCCUGGACGCCGCCUCUUUCCCCGUCCUCUUCGACACCUCCCUCGUCGACAAGACCGACCUCUUCACGGGCACCUUCAUGCCUUCCGUCGACCUCACGGGCGGCUACCGCGUGCUCUCCUACGUCGACCCCGCCGAGCCCAACCACGCCCCGCUCAAGUCCUUGCUCUUCCACCUCCUCACCCACCGCCGGGAACACGUGAUCGCGACUUUCCGUGAGGUCUACGGCGAGCUCUUCGCCCUCAUGGAGGGCGAGCUCGCGCGGGCCGGGAAGGCCGAUUUCGGGGAGCGGAACGACGACGCGGCGUUCGGGUUCCUCUGCCGGGCGCUCCUGGGCCAAGACCCGGCGGACUCCCCGCUCCGGGACGAGGCCCCCAAGCUGAUCACCAAGUGGGUGCUGUUCCAGAUCAGCCCGCUGCUCAACCUCGGCCUGCCGAAGCUCGUCGAGGACGGGCUGCUCCACUCCUUCCGCCUCCCUCCGGCGCUCAUCCGGAAAGACUACACCCGCCUCGCGGACUUCUUCCGUGACGCGGGGAGAGCCGUGAUCGACGAAGGGGAGCGGCGGCUGGGGGUGGCACGGGAGGAGGCCGUGCACAACAUCCUCUUCGCCAUGUGCUUCAACUCCUUCGGCGGGAUGAAGAUCCUGUUCCCGUCGCUAAUCAAGUGGCUGGGCCGGGCCGGGGGGCGGAUCCACGGCCGGCUAGCGACGGAGGUGCGGAACGCGGUCAGGGGCAACGGCGGGGAGGUGACGAUGCAGGCGCUGGCGGAGAUGCCGCUGGUGAAGUCGGCGGUGUACGAGGCGCUGCGGAUCGAGCCCCCCGUGGCGAUGCAGUACGGAAGGGCCAAGAAGGACAUGGUGGUGGAGAGCCAUGACUACGGGUACGAGGUCAGGGAAGGGGAGCUGCUGUUCGGGUACCAGCCCAUGGCCACAAAGGACCCGCGUGUCUUCGCGCGCGCAGAGGAGUACGUGCCCGACAGGUUCCUUGGGGAAGACGGGGCCAGGCUGCUCCGGCACGUCGUCUGGUCAAACGGGCCAGAGACGGCGUCCCCGACGCUGCAGGACAAGCAGUGCGCCGGGAAGGACUUCGUCGUGCUCAUCGCGCGCCUCCUCGUCGCCGAGCUCUUCCUCCGCUACGACUCCUUCGACGUCCAGGUCGGGUCAUCGGCGCUCGGCUCCUCGGUCACCAUCACCUCGCUCAAGAAAGCCACCUUCUGAUCUCACCGGCUUCAUUUCGUUUGCUGUCCACGGCCAAGGUCGCCACGGCACCGCGUGCCUUGUUUUUCCCCCCCUCUAUUUUCGGCACCGGUAUAUUCCGCAACAACAACGUGAUCGGCUUGCAUGGAGGACUGGAGGUGUAACAGAUAUCUUUUCUUAGUAAAGACGAGAUGUUUUUUUCUUUCUCGGGGAACAUUUGGUGACUUGGAGAUGUGUUGUGGCUUUCCUGGCAAGAUCAGAGAACUGCCACUGCUGCUGCGAGUGAGACGAAGGAGACACGUAACCUACUGCUUGAGCUUGUUAAUUUGUUAUGAUGUUAUCCACUGCUGGGUUGGUGGUUCUUUCUUUAAAAAUGGAUCAAGAUUCCAGAGAGUAGGUUAGGGGUCGAUGGUGAUGGCAACUAGAACAGGUACAAUGUUCAUGUGAUGUUAUUAAUUGGACGAGCAGAUUAGUAGAUGGAUGGAGGUGCAGUUAUUGGGAUCAAUUCAACAGGAAAGAGGAAUACUACCUCCAUGGCUGCAUUUCAUUGUCCAUGGGCCCAUGCUGUGGACAGGCGUUUUUUAAAGCCUUCUCUUGUUGUGUA